AUGCCAGCGUCGAGCGAACAGCACGCGGCUAGUGACGUGAUUGUUAUCGACAUCGAGUCGGCAAACGAAAAUAUCGAUACAACCAUAAAUAUGGAUAACCACAACACCAUGAACGGAAACGGUUAUUAUUUUUGUUCGCAGAUUGUAAAUAAAGCAAGGGACACAUUCGACAGCGGCGUCACCAAACCGAUUGAAUGGAGGAGGAAGCAACUGAAAAAUCUUUUGAGAAUGUACGAGGAGAACAGAAACGCGAUGGUAGAUGCCCUCGUUAAAGAUUUAAGGAGGAGCAAAAUGGAAGCUAUUCUCCUAGAAGUAGACUAUCUCAUUAAUGACAUAAGAAAUACUAUUUACAACUUGGAUGACUGGGUAGCACCUGUGAAGCCCCCAAAAGGUUUGGUGAAUAUGCUUGAUGAUGUAGUCAUCUACAACGACCCAUACGGCGUUGUUCUCAUCAUUGGAGCCUGGAACUACCCUCUUCAGCUGCUUUUGCUGCCGCUAGCUGGUGCUAUAGCUGCGGGGAAUGCUGUCAUCCUCAAGCCCAGUGAACUGGCUGAAGCCAGUGCUAAGUUCAUGGUGGAAACAUUGCCUAAAUAUGUGGAUAGUGACGCAGUACUUCUAGUGGAAGGAGGACCCGAAGAAACUUCUGAAUUAUUGAAACAAAGAUUCGACUACAUUUUCUACACAGGUGGUACUAGCGUUGGCAGAAUAGUGUAUGCAGCAGCUACCAAAAACCUGACUCCCGUUACAUUGGAGCUUGGAGGAAAGAGCCCAGUUUACAUAGACAAUACAGUGGAUAUAGAAGUAACAGCCAAGCGUAUUCUCUGGGGUAAAUUUAUCAACGCCGGUCAAACAUGUAUAGCCCCGGACUAUAUACUAUGCUCGAGGAGCGUUCAGGACAAGUUUGUGGAUGCAGCCAAGAAUGUUCUGCGGGAGUUUUAUGGGGAAGAUCCGCAGAAAUCACCAGAUCUAUGCAGAAUUAUUAAUAACAGACAUUUCAGCCGUCUGCAAGCAUUGAUUGAUGCUAGCAAAGAUAAAGUUGCCAUCGGUGGUCGGUACGACGCACAAGACAAAUAUAUUUCUCCCACAGUACUAGCGAAUGUUAGUGCCAAUGACGUCAUCAUGAAGGACGAGAUAUUUGGACCUAUACUACCCAUUGUACCCGUAGAGAACGCAUACGAAGCCAUAAAAUUCAUUAACGAGAGGGAAAAGCCGUUGGUGUUGUACGCGUUCACAACAGAUGAGCAACUCGCUAAACGGAUAGCGGAGAACACGAGCAGCGGCGGGAUGUGCAUUAAUGAUACUGUCAUGCAAAUGGGAGUUGAUACAUUGCCAUUUGGCGGUGUGGGUAGUAGUGGUAUGGGUGCCUACCACGGUAAGGCCUCAUUCGAUACCUUCACACAUAAAAAGAGCUGCUUAAUAAGAAACUUCGCUGCGAUUGGUGAAAAACUUGGAUCAGGCCGUUACCCUCCCUACACGGAUGGUAAGCUGAGCUUCAUUACAACCCUGAUGAGAAAACGUAACGGACCGUCCCUUAAAUAUCUCCCACACUUGAUUGCCUUUGCUCUUGGAGCCGGAGUGGCAUACGGAAUAGCCACUUGGCAGAAGAUGUCCUCCGAGCAGAUAUAG